CAUAUAUAUAUGAAGCGACGUUAGCCGAUGCCGCACUUUGCAUCAUUACCACGCUAGUAACUUGAACGCUUCUUCCGGUGCAAUAUUCCAGCAAUAUCGUCUAAUUAAUUCAACAUUUUCUACCCAAAAAAAAAGAUUCACCGACUUUUAUCACCUGAAAUAAUGAACACAAUGACUUUCAAUAAUCGAUUUAUGGGGAUCUUAACUUGCUUCAUAGCUGUUAUUUGCAUUGCUGCAGCAACUGAAACAUAUCCGGAUUAUGCAGACGAAAUGGCCGAUAGAAUACCAGAAAAUAUUCUUCCUGAAUUAUACAGACGUCUAAUGGAACGUAAAGUAUGGGACAAUGAAUAUGGGAUACCAAUGGAACAUUUAAUGAUUCGAAAAUCCCAACGGUCGCCCUCUUUGCGCCUUCGAUUUGGACGUGCCCUUCCCCCUAUUCCAACGGGAGCACUUCCAAGAUCAAAUCCAGAGUCAGUUCAAGAUAACUAAUUAAAUGCCAUUUUUAAUUAGUUUUCAUACUCAGCAAAAAAUCUUUCGUUGCAUACUUUGUAAGCAUCAUUUCACUUUUUAAUUCCUUUACCUAUGUCUUUUGCUCAAUACUUUUUAUUUAUUUUCUGGAAGGGUAUUUUUGUCCUUUCUCAAAAAAAAGAAAAGCAAACAAUUUCGCUUUUUUGAAAAAAUAUUUCUCUCCAUUUGAAAAAAUUCAAUUUCACUCUAAAUGAAAUAAAGUUUUCAGCAAAAAAUUUAUGCGAAUAAAAAAAUUAUUCACUUUCGCAAAUUUUUAACUACUAAAUUUACUCACAAUUUUAAGAUAAUUAGUAA